AUGGCUUCUUCUGUCCAUUUCAAGUUCAAGUCUCAGAAAGAACCCUCGAGAGUGACGUUCGAUGGAACUGGUAUAUCAGUCUUCGAGUUGAAGAGGGAAAUUAUCACUCAAAAUCGAUUGGGAGAUGGCUCUGAAUUUGAGCUGUCCAUCUAUAACGAGGAUACGAAUGAAGAAUACGAUGAUGAUACGGCUAUUAUUCCCCGCUCAACCUCUGUCAUUGCUCGCCGUUUUCCUGCGACACGCCCUGGCAAAGGAGGUGCUGCGAGAUACAUGUCAGGGAAGGCACCUGUCACAUCACGGAAUGUGCAACACGAUGCAGAACCAUCCAUUCGACAGGACACCGGCGAUAGUGGUAUCGAAAUUAGUAGUAUACAGUCUGAAGAUGAGAAACUUAAAGCAUUGUUUCGGCUACAGGAGACUCAGUGGAAGGAACAACAACAAGACAUGACAAAUAUGACUCCCGUUAUGGGUCGAGGUCGCGGAAAACCCGUCACUGUCCCGGAUCAUCCACCUCCACCAGGGUAUCUCUGUUACCGAUGUGGAGAAAAAGGGCAUUGGAUCCAGGCAUGUCCAACAAAUAAUGACCCCCGAUUUGAUGGCCGAUAUCGUGUUAAGCGGUCCACAGGCAUUCCUCGUUCAUUUCAAAAACAAGUGGAAAAACCAGACUCGCCCGCUUUAGAUGGCUCGGAUGACAACUCGAAACUUACGGGGGUUAUGGUGAAUGCUGAUGGGGAUUUUGUUAUUGCUCAGCCAGAUAAAGCUUCGUGGGAGUUAUAUCAGGAGAAGGCAACUGCAUCCAAAGCAGCUGAGGCCGAAGCAGCUAAUGCGGAGCGAAACAAGCAAUUACAAGACAGGGGACUUUUAUGCCCCCUUGACAAAAGAAUGUUGUUAGCGCCUACAAAGACACCGUGCUGCGAAAAGACAUAUUGUAGUGAUUGUAUCACUAAUGCCCUAAUUGAGAGCGAUUUUGUCUGCCCCAACUGUUCGGCUGACGGUGUUUUGCUUGACAAUCUAUCUGUUGAUGAAGAUGCUAUUAAAAGGCUGGCCGAAUUCGAGACCAAAAAAUCACAGAAGAUGGAAGGAACCGAGACAAACGUGUCCGAAAAGGUAGACUCGGAGAAGGCUAGUAACAAGGAACAGCCGCAGCAAGAAACGACGACCUCAAAGAAGCGACCAGCAACUGAAAAUGGAGCCCCCCAAGAUAACGACCAGCUUCAGGCACCGGCUAUGAAGAAACAAAAAUCCCGGGAUAGCACUGGAGAUACACAGGACAACAAUAAGCAGACCAAUUUACAAAGCAAUAUUCCCCAGAGCAACACCGAGAGCAACACCCAGAGCAACAUGCAGAAUAAUAACUCUCAAAACAAUGUUCAAGGCACUGCAACCCAGAAUAACGUCCCCCAGCCGGCUCCUAUGAUGAAUCCAUUCCCACAGAUGCCACCACAGCCAAUGAUGGGUGCCUAUGGACAGAUAAACCCCUUUGCCGGGCAGGAUAUGAUGUCUAUGACGGGUUAUUACAACGGCGGAAAUAAUUGGAGCCAGGGAUCAGAUCCAUAUAUGAUGGCCGGAGGGCCUUUCAUGGGUGGCCCAAACCCCCAGAUGGGCCAAAUGGGAUAUGGAAUGCCCAAUCCAGGAAUGAAUUUCAAUAAUUUUAACCCCCAGAUGAUGAAUCAAAUGAAUCAAAUGCAACAGCCUUUUCAGCAACAGUACGGAAUGACUCCAUUUUCAAACCAACAGCGAACCCAUAUCAGUGAACCACUUGCGAAUGAAGAAGAUUCUCCUUAUUUCAGGCAGCCUGUGAACCCCCACCGCCACCAUGGACGACAGAAGAGAACCCGCCCUAGCGAUUACCGGGAGCUGUAG